UGUGUGUAUGUUUGUGUGAAUGUGAAAAAGAAGGGAGUGAGGGGGAAAGGGGCUGCUGAUUUCAGGCCCAGGGGUUUUAUUGUGGGGGUCUCUCCAUGCUCUGCCCAUGCUGUAUGUAAAAGGGGAGAGUCCCCACAAAUCAGGAGAUCACAUUAGGAACAAGGUCCAUAGAGGAAGCGAGGAGCAGGGCAAAACGCUGUGAUUUAUCUGCUCCCUGGGACUGGGGGUAUCUGUAUCCCCCCAGCACAUGCAUGCUGUGUACCCCCUGCCAAUACAGCCACCAGACUGCCUGGCUCCCCCAAACAGGGCUCCCUGGCUGAUCACACCCUGCACUGGGGGUCUCAGGGCUUGCAGGUCACACAGCAUAGCAUUCAGGGGCUGGGGGGCUUUCUACUGGGUGCUUUAGGUCCAGGUCUUCCAAGUACCUAACUGGAGGAUGCUGGGAUGUGAUGGUGGUGGGCUAGGGGUUGUGAUGGUGGUGGGCUAGGGGUGUGGGGGGGCUUGCAAGUGGACUCAGUACGUGAUACCGCAAUAUAGGAUUCCAGUUCUGAUCAUGUUAAUAAAGAACCAAAAUCAGGGCCGAUCAGCAGCGGAGAACAGGAGUGGGCGCAGCUGAGACAUUGCUUGGCCCGUUGGGAGAUGUCUGGAAAGAAUCUGGGGGCUGCGCGGCGCAGGCGGACGCGCUGCCGAAGGUGCGAGGCCUGUGUGCGCAGUGAAUGUGGAGAGUGUCAUUUCUGUAAGGACAUGAAGAAGUUUGGAGGUCCCGGGCGCAUGAAACAGUCCUGUUUAAAGAGGCAAUGCACAGCGCCUGUACUUCCACACACAGCGGUGUGCCUCCUGUGCGGGGACGCAGGGAAGGAAGACACUGCCCAGGAUGAAGAUCAGAAGUUCAACCUAUCCCUCAUGGAAUGUACUAUUUGUAAUGAGAUUGUCCACCCUGGCUGUAUAAAGAUGGGAAAGACUGAGGCUGUCAUUAAUACGGAGAUCCCGAACUGCUGGGAGUGUCCCAGGUGUAAACGUGAAGGUCGUACAAGCAAGGACUCAUUGGACGGUUCUGGCAAACGGAGGUUAGAUAACGGAGAGGAUACCGUGCGGUGGAAACUGACUGACGACUCAGCUCCUUCCAAGAAGAAACCGUCAGAAGACAAUCCAGGAUACAAGCGAAAGAAAGAAAAGGAGCCUCCACCUGAUCCAGGGGUUAAGAAAAAGGUGAAAGUCGAGAAGGACAAAAAAGUUAAAAAGGAGCCACAAGUCCCAGCUGAACCCAUCCCACCUUCCGACCGUUCUCACCAGCGAGAGAAGAUUGAACGGUUCAAACAGAUGUGCCAGAUGCUGGAACGAGGACGCAGCAGUACCUCCAGUUCUAGUUCAGACUCUGACUCUGACUCCGACUCAAAAGGCUCCCGGGGCAGCAGUGACACCGGAGAAGGGGGGGAGGGUCAGGAUUCUCGAAUCAGCUUUAGCACCAGCUCAGAGGAUGAAGAGGAGGGAGGCGGAUCCGCUGCAGUGGGUGAUGGACAAAAUGGGGCAAAAAAUGGAAAGCAGAGGUCACCCCGGAGCAAUGUCAGGGAAAAGGAAAACAGGAGAGGUGCUGGGGCCAGAAAGGGACCUGGUGGUAGGAAUAAUAUAGGACAAACCAUAUCGCGGAGUCAACUUCUAAAGAGGCCUCUGGUCCCAUCUCCACCCAAGCCACCUCCCCUUCAGCUGGAGCGGCAUGUGGUACGUCCCCCUCCCCACAGCCCUGAGCCAGACUCUCUGCCAUUGGACAAUGGGGCAGAUCACGUGAUGCAGAGGGCAGUCUGGCUGUCUGUUUUCAGGCACUUGGGACAAAAGGAACUUUGUGUCUGCAUGCGGGUUUGCCGGACCUGGAGCCGCUGGUGUUGUGACCGCCACCUAUGGACUUCCAUUGACCUGAGCCGUAGAAAAUCAAUCACACCCCCAAUGCUAAGUGGGAUAGUCCGGCGACAACCAAUCAGGCUAGAUCUUAGUUGGACCAACAUAUCAGAGAAGCAACUGACCUGGCUAAUCCAUCGAUUACAGGGUCUAAAGGAACUUUUGGUUGCUGGCUGCACGUGGGGUGCAGUGUCCUCCCUCUGUACAGCUUCCUUUCCCUGCCUGUCUCUACUGGACAUGGGCUGGGUCCAGGGAGUGAAAACUUCCCAUCUCCGUGAGCUGCUGUCUCCUUUCUCCUCUGACUGUAAAGCAGUUGUGUCAGACCCCCGGGGUCGGUUCUCCUCUCUGUCGGAGUUGCGUCUCUGUGGUCUGGAGUUAGGAGAUUCUGCCCUGCGUCUAUUGCUCCGUUACACUCCGCGGCUAAAUCGUCUGGACCUGAGUCACUGUGUUCAGCUAAGUGAUCACGGAAUCCACAUUCUAACCGCAGCCACCUCACCCCUGAGAGAUAGCCUCACCCACCUCAACCUUACCGGAUGUCAUCGCUUGACGGACCAAUCUUUGGCCUUCUUUAAACGAUGCCCACGGCUGAAGCAUGUCGACCUGCGCUCCUGUCGGCUUCUCACCCACGAGGGUUUCCAACGGCUGCUACAAGAUCCGCCCUCUGAACCGGACGGAAAACCCUUCCAAUGUGUGGAGGACCAAGUGCUGACCCGGGAGAGCUAGCGGUGGGAGAUGUGGAAACCUCUGCGAAAGCACUACUGCCCCUUCUUGGGGCAACUCUACUGUAUCUGCCUCCUCUACCUACCUGGCAUUUUGCUUGGGUUUUGGCAAGGAGGGUGCACUGAAGACCCCAAGUUUAACUGUUGACAUAUCAGGGAGAAGCGGCAAAGAACUGCAGCCAACUCUGGUAUGGACCUGUUAAUGGGGGUAAAAGGAACUUCCUACUAGCUCACUCCACGGUUUGGGGUGUGGACACCCCUCAUCACUGAAUGAAAGGGUUCCGGACAGUUUUAAGCAACCUUUGUUACAGGUCACGAACGGCCUCUAGUGUAACAUUAUCAUCUCUGCCCCUACGAUCUGCUUAUCACAGUAAUCAGGCGUUUAAACAUAUGCAUUGCAAGUGAGGGUGCAGUACACUCCAGGUGAAGGGGGUGGGGAAGGUUGUCGAUAAGGUUUCUAUCAGUUCUCUUUGGACCUGUUUUUUAUUAUGCUGUUGUGGGUGGGCUAGGUGGGAUAAUGCACUGCAGGGUGAGAACAGGGAAUAUGAUAUAUCAGGGUGAUGCCCUGCAAGGGUUAACAGGUUUACGGGGACAUUACGGGGAAGAUUAGAUGGUACGACACAUGCAGGGCUUGGAAGGUUAUUUUGAUGACUGACCGAAACAAGGCUGACAAUGCUUUGCAGAGCAAGGCACCUGCAGAUUCUUCCAGUACGAAAGACGAAGAAUUCUCAUCUUACUGAAAACCACGACUCAGAGUAUCUUUUCUACCCUAACUCUCGCUUUCAUAUUACCACAUCCAGCUGACUUGGCAAUAGGACUAGCUAUGGGUUACUGUUUGGUUGGAUACUCUGUCUCGUUAUACAGCACCAUUUUUCAUUCCCUCGGGGGCGGGUUAAUUAUUAAGUCUUUUUGGCCGGUUCUGGGAUAAGGCUUAAAAAGCAAAUCUGUGCAGCUAAUAUAGGGGGAGGGGGAGAGCAGGUCUCUACAGCAGGAAGGGGUCAGUGGAGAUUUCCUGAUUAAUGGUUGGGCUGCAAUACCCAUCAUCCAGCUAGCCGCUCCUGCUGUAGAUCGGGUAAUGAUUAUUUUUUUUUUUUUCCUUUUACCUUUUACGUGGCGUUCUGACACAGCUGGUUUAUGUUUUGUCACUUUGCUCGGUACUCUCACAACAGGCACAUAUGGUAUUUUAACCUCCUCCCCUUCCCCGCCGCUGGUUAUGACGGUUUCUGAUUUAAUGAUCUGCUCUGUUAUUUUGUUUUUUUAUUUUAUAUAAACGUGUUUUUUUUUUUUUUCUUCUUCUU